AUGAAUUAUUUAGAAAUUUAAUAGGAAAAUAUACGAAUGCAUUAACUGAAACUUAAACAAUAAUAAGCAAGAAGCAGAAGCAAAUCAAAUAUUAUCUAAUAAUCAAAGAUAGAUGAAGAAUUUAAAGAAGAGUUUGAUAUGAAAUAACAGGAGAUAGAGUAGGAAUAAUUAACUAUCUCAAAAAUUGAAUUUUAGGAAGAAACGUAAUAAUAAUAAUAAUAAUAAUAAUAAUAAAUAGCUGAAUCUAAUAUUAAAUAGAGUAAACCUUUCAGUUAUAUUGAUUAAUAAAAUUUAGAAUUAGAAAAAAUAAAACAUUAAAUGAUUGAAUAAUAAUAAUAAUUGGAUAGACAAAUUUAUGCUGCAAAAAAUUUGGCAUAAAUUGGAUUAUUAGAAGGUAAGAAUAGAAUAGAAAAGGAAUUAAUACUUUUAAAAAAUAAAAAUAACAAACAUUUUAAUGAAGAUUAUGCAAUUUCAUUACUCAAUAAGCACUAAAGUAAAUAUGAAUAUGAAUUACCAUUUCUAUACAAUUAAAAAAUUUAGCAUGAUUAAUUAUAUAGAGAUAAUCUUUUAGAUAAAGUACAUUUAAAUGCCUAAUCGAAAUUGAUUCCAAUAUCUAAUAAACAUACUUAAAAUCCAUCAAAAUAUUUGGGAAACUUUUAAUAAUAAUAGAAUUAAGCUCGUUCAAAAUCAAUUUCUCAACAAUCAAAAUAAAAUUAUCACACCUAAUUAUUAGAUUUAUAAAAAAGUAAAUAAAAAGAUGCUUUAAGUUAAUUACUUUUAGAGUAUCAUGAAUGA